UAUCGAGGAGAAGUUCUUCACGGCGAUGAAGAAGGACGGCUCCUACCGAACCCGUGACCAACUCACUUCCAAAUGGGGCCACAUCAACAAAAAAGUCCGAAAGUUUAUGGGAGUAUACGAGGAAUGCUCCCGGUCCUGGAGGAGCGGCACGAACGACGCCGAUGUUCUCCGGCUUGCCACGACCCGGUAUCAAGACGACGGGAACCAAGGCAAGGUGCCCAUCGAUCUUUGGAGGAUUUUGAGUCGUUCCCCGAAGUGGCAACAACUCAACAAUCCCGACGGCGGAUCGUUCCGGAAAAGAUCCACCGUCGACGCCGAGGUUGAGGUCGACGAGACCAUUGGUUCUACCGAUCAAAUCCCUUCCUUCAACGUUGCGGCUUCCGAUGACGAGGACCCCAUUCCACGGCCGAUCGGAAGAAAGAAGGCAAAAUCCAUUGCCUCUGGUUCGGGAGGGUCCGCCUCUGUUUCCGNAUCGGCCUGGCAAUGGUUGAACAACUUCGGGCGUUCAAUCUCCAAGAACAGGAGAGGUUGAAGCUUAAAGAGAAGGAGUUGAAGCUAAAGGAGCAGGAGGCCGAGAUGAAAGUCAUGCAAACCGACCCCGGGACGUUGUCGGAGUUUGGACAAAUUAUCUACGAGCAAAGAAUGAGAGAGAUCAAGGAGAAAUAUAAUUUACCUUAGUUUUUUAUUAAUGUAUCUUUUUUUUUAAAUUAUUGUCGCUUUUUUUAUUUAAUUAAUGUGUUUUUUUAUUAUUCGUGUUUCAAUUUAAUUAAAUAAUAAAUUAAGUACAUUUUA